UCAACUUAAUCAGAUGUGAAACCAAAGUUAUUUCAAGAAAUUGAAGCAGUUUUUUCUUAUAAUAAGAGCAGGUAGACUCACAGUAGAACUAAGGUUUAGCAAUAUGGUAUGCUUUUGAAUUAACGCUGUUUACAUUUAUUUUAGAUAUCAUCGAUACGACUGAUGAUGAGCCACAUUCGUAAACUGGCCAAUCCAGCGGGAGAACGCAACAAACAACCGAUACUAGAAGUUUUGAACAGAUUCUUCGAUAAAAGUGAACCUAACAAAAAGUUGUUAGAAAUUUCCUCCGGUGUAGGCUUACAUGCGGCAUUUUUUGCACCACAAUUUCCGAACAUUGUUUUCCAACCAUCCGAAUAUGACACCUCUCUUUUUGGAAGUAUAGAAGCGUAUCGAGCCGAAGCAAAUGUGCCGAAUUUGCAGUCCCCAAUUGCGAUUGACAUUUCGCGACCCUGCACAGAUUGGGACAAUGACCAUAACGUGAAUUUUAACUCCUCAGCGGAAAGCUUCGAUUAUAUGCUGAACAUCAAUAUGAUACACAUCUCCCCAUUCGAAUGCAGCGAAGGCCUGUUUCGGAAUGCAUCACAGUUGCUGAAAAAAGGUGGUUUGCUCAUAACCUAUGGACCAUAUGCAGUAAAUGGAAAGCUAACUCCCGAGAGCAAUGUUCAAUUCGAUAUUUCCCUAAAAACUCGAAAUCCUGCUUGGGGUAUCAGAGAUAUAACAGCGUUGGAAAAGAUUUCUGCGGCCAGCGGAAUAGCGUUGAUACAAUCUUUUGAUCUACCUGCUAACAAUAAGUGCUUGAUUUGGCAAAAGUCACUAAACUGAAAACGUGCGACUGCUGAACGCCAAUCUAUAAGACUAUUAUGCUAAUAAAAUUUUCAA